CUGUAAUAGUAGGUAGGUAGGCAUCUCUACGUAAGUAAGUAAGUAAGUACCUAGUAAAACCUCCUGAUUCCCCAUGUCAGUAUCCCCCUCUAGUGUUCGGUAGUGUAUGUAGGUAUGCCCACUUGCUUCAUUGACGAUGGCGCCUCCACCCUUGACUUCGACCCGCAAGCAGCGCAUCUCCAGCGCAACCCUCUUCCACCCGACAUGGAUUGCACUUUUCAUUAUCGUGAUCUUUGUCGUCGUCGCUCUAAUUAGAUUUGACUCCGUGUUGCCCUCGUUUCUCUUCGCGCCGGGUCCCGAAUCUUUAUCGCCUCCUACAAACAUCACACCCACUAGCUACCAUGACGCCGCACCAUUUGUAUUUGAUUCCCUACACGGCCUAUUAAAACAAUGGCCCAACUCAUAUGCCCCGAAUGGACAUUCCAUUGUCGUAGGCACUGUGCCUCCUCAUACGCAACUCUUCCACGGCAAACAUGGCCCAGGCCUACCUGACAAACUUCCGUUCUUCGCUUUCGACGCAGAGAUGUCAUUGGGUAUUUUCGGCGCAACCGCGAGCUCUGUUAUUCACACGCUUGCCCCAACGCGUCCUCUACGCGUUAUCUACUUUGAUGGACAAUCCGCUACUCUGACCGAGACGGGCACCUUGGAUUCCCAGAUGGCCAUUCUCGGGGGCGAGGUGCCUUCUGUUCCCGUAUAUAACCACAUAUAUGACGAAGAUCAAAGAGCUUUGGACCUAUGUGCGUUAGUAGAUGAUCUGGGGAUUGACGGAGUCGUCAGGAUGAACGCUGGUUUUGAGAUACUCCUUUGCAAUUGGCCACGAUCCGGCGUUGAGCACCUCUUCGCAAGUAAUCUCACACUGCCGGGCAAUCGUGAGCGCGCAGUGGACAAGUCUUUACCGAACGACCCCAAUCGGCAGCCCCCUCUCGGUUUCGGAAACGCAUUCGGCGAACAGGGCUCGUUCGAGUGGUUGCGAAGUGCUACGUGGCACUACGGCAACUACGGUCAGGGCGGCCCGGCCUUUGGACGUGUGAAGCCGGAUCUUUGUACCAUGGUGUCGUUCUAUGACCCCGAACUCGCGAGUCUUAGUAGUUUACACCAUGGCCGCAUCAUCGGAAACCAGACAUUCCAGAAUGGCUGGGGCCUUCGGCGAGGUCACCGUCUUGUGGGAAUAUCCAGUCGCGAUGUCAAAGCAGUCAAAUCGAGAAUACGUGAGAACAUAGGCGGCUCAAAGUGUUCCGGCAUAGAAUGGGCCGUGCUAGCUGAGUCCAUUGUUGCCCAACAUAAAACUCGCCUGUUAGAUAUUGCAAAGACAAUCAGCAGCCCUCAACCAGCCUCGUUCAUUGUCACGAGAAUCCAUGAAUUGUCCCAUGCCAUCCUCUACGCCUAUUUAGAAUACCCUUUUGCCGCCAUAGGGCGUAGCGCCGCCGAGGUUGAGGCACUCACCGUCUCUCGAUGUUCGUCAGCUUACACAUCCAAGGUGAACCCAAGUGGGCUGUCUAAAUCCGAGAUGUUAUUAUAUCAUUCAAUUAAUGUCGUUUUGAAUCGACUAUGCUCUUUUGAAUGGGAUCUGCUCAAGUGGAGCGAGAAAUACACGACACAGCUCCUCGGCGAAAGCGACGAUAUCGAUCUGUCUCGGAUUCAAAAGGAGAUCGAAGACAAACAAAAACUUAUGAGUUCACUUCUAGCUUGGAUCGGAUGGGAUAACUGGACCCAGUGUGAGGCUCAGUGUUCCGUAGACCAGCUCUGUGCGAUCCCAACAUGGCCCGUUGUAUACGCACCUGGGUUUCCUCAAGGAGGCAUAUACGCCGUGAACAAUACGAGAACUUCGAUACAAGACUUAGCCGAAUUUUGGCGGCCAAAAUGCAUCAAUAGGACGGACUUCGACAGGGGAGGUGGGCGCGGCCGAGACCCCGAUCACCAAUUCCCUGAUAUCCCCUCAUAUAAUGAAGUAUGAGCCUGGUAAAUCAGGAUGGUUGAUGCCCUCCACACACGUCCCCUUUGGGCUCACAGGAGUAACACGCAUCUAUUCAUACAGCUCCAGCUCCAUUAAGUAUUUAUUGGCUGUCCUAGGCUAGGCAUAUGAGCUUCGUAUACUCGUCUACUGGAUAAUCUGCGGUCGUGUCGUCGCGGUCUAUACCGAGAAGAGUCGCAGGGAGACCAAGUAACAUUAUAUGGAAUGAUCUCAUGGCCUGCAGUAGAUUUGGUGAAGUGACCCAUAGAGAUUUCCUAGCCGCUCAAAGGGGCAUUGAGGUAUGUGUACGCUGGCGGCGGGCGAGGAGGGUAGAACAGGUUCAAGGUAGAUGUGGCGAUUUGGUGUAUGUCCUGGGGACCACGAUAGCAUAGAGUACGUAGGCAGAAGGAUCAGUAUAGGGGUUAAUAACCAUUGAUAUCUAACCCUCUAAGCUCUCAAAGGGGUUCGCAACCCGCUAUAUAUCGACCAUCUCUUUUCAUGAA